GACCCACGUGCUUCCGCCUUAGCCUACCUGGUUUUACGGUGAGUUCCUGGUAUCUGCUGUAAGUUGGGGUCACUGCGGGCGUUGAGACUGGCUCCAGGCCGUGGUCGAGGAGGCCAGAAGGAGAUCCCUUCCACGGUGCAGGGCUGAGAUGGAUCCGCUCAGGGCCCAGCAGCUGGCCGCAGAGCUGGAGGUGGAGAUGAUGGCUGAUAUGUACAACAGAAUGACCAGUGCCUGCCACCGGAAGUGUGUGCCUCCCCACUACAAGGAAGCAGAACUGUCCAAGGGCGAGUCUGUGUGCCUGGACCGCUGUGUCUCCAAGUACCUGGACAUCCAUGAGCGGAUGGGCAAAAAGUUGACAGAGUUGUCUAUGCAGGAUGAAGAGGUGAUAAAGAGGGUGCAGCAGAGCUCUGGGCCCGUGUGAGGCCCCAGCCGGUAUACAUCCCGAGGUGCGCCCUGUCUCUUCCCACUUGUCUAACAAAAGUGCCCCCAUUGGGUGUCAUCUGUGAAGACGGCCAGGCCUAGGCUCCUUGUGGAGAGGCUCCAGGAGCCCAGAGUAUGAUAGAGCUGUCUCCCGGUUGAAGAAGGGGUGUUUGUCCCCCUGGGAUGUGACUGUGCAUGUAUGUGUAUGUGUGUGUGUAUAUAUACAUAUAUAUUAAAACGGAUUUGUUGACACUUACCACAUGCAGAGCAGUGUGGCCGGCACUUGGGGUAGAGGCAGCAGACACAGGCUCUACCAGCAGAGGGGGUCCAGUGUGGUGUUUGAAAGCACAGACUGGUCUGAAGGUUUAGGUUCCUGCCACAGGUCGGCCACUUGUCCUGUGACCCUGAACUUGUCCCUUCCCUGUGCUGUAGCUUCCUCAUCUGUCAAAUGGGGACAGUCAUAGGGCUGUUGGGAAGAUUAAAUGAUGUACCAUGUGCACAGCUUUUAGAAUAAUGACUAGGGCACAGGCAGCGCCCAGUAAGUAUUAACCAUAUACAUGUGUUGAAAUAACAGCUUAAAAUUUAAGUGGAGUCAGGCAGGCAUUUUUCCAGAUCUCAAGGAAAUACUUAGAGGAGCGAGUGAACAGGAGAUGGGAUUUGAGAAGGAAGCAGCCAACCCCUUGGUUCCAAAUGGCAAUAUCGAAACAUGUGAAGGGCCCAGCCUCGGGUGUGACGUGAGUGAUCAGGGAGGGGACUGAGUGAAACCCACUGCCAUUAGCUGCUCACCUGAAUCAGAAACUGCACUCCUCACUCUUCACAUGAUGUCCGAGGUAGCUCUUUCCACCAUCUUUCUGUGCUGCCAUAAUGGUGCACGUGAAUGUCGUGGCCGACACCCUCGAGAGCAUUAACAACGCUGAAAGAGGCAGGCGCCAGGUUCUUACUAGGUCAUGCUCCAGGGUCAUCGUCCGGUUCCUCAUUGUGAUGAAGCAUAGUCACGUUGGCAAAGUUGAAAUCGUUGAUGAUCCCAGAGCUGGGAAAAUUGCUUGUGAGCCUCGCGGGCAGGUUAAACACGUGUGGAGUGAUCGGCCCCAGAUCUGAGAUACAACUCAGAGAUCCGGAAAAGUGGCAGAAUAAUCUGCUCCUGUCCCACCAGUUUGGUGCCGUUGCACUGACCGCCUCGGCCGGCGUCACGGGGACCAUGAAGAAGCAAGACAAAAACACACAGAAGGGAAAAUCCUGGGAUUCUCUUUCUAGGGAUGGAAUACGUGCAUGCAAAUAAAAUGUCUCGAUGGUAACAAAA